UCUUUGGGACUAUUUAUAAUUUGGGACACACCUCCUGCCUUACAGCAAGCCAAGAAAAGUCUGUAUAUACUAGUUCUGGUAUAUACACACAUUUUGGGCAUUUAUCUCAUUAAUGUAUAAACACAGUGGAGACCAUAUGUCACAAUAUACACAAAAGCAUACAGCUACAGACAAAAUUUACAAAAAGAAACACAAACAUCGCAUUUAGUAGGCACACCCACUUCACCCAUAGUCAACAAACAAAAACAAAUCACAUAUAUACAUAUAUUUGCUUCUACUACACAUGAGGAAAUGGGUUUGGAAGAGGAGCUUUUGAAGAUUGGAAGAAGGCUGGAAAGGAGAUUCAGCGAGAGAAACACUGACCGUAUUCUGGAAUUGCUAAAGGAACUGCAGGUACUUGAAGUCACUGUCCCUCUCCUGCGGAGCACAAGAAUUGGCGUGACUGUUAAUAAAAUUAAGAAGAAGAGUGAUGAGCAAAAGGUGACAGAGAUUGCCAAAGCCAUCAUCAGGGACUGGAAGAAAAUACUGGAAUCUUCUUACAAAGACAAAGGCACCAAAACAACUGCAGAUUUGGUCAAACCAACCCAGUCAGGUUGUGCCAGGAUUUCAUCUCCUUCCUUCAAAAAUCUGCAUUUGGAAAGAUCCAGUCAGUGCCCUGCAAGUCAUCAACCAUUACACACUCAGCAAGCUAUCCCUAAGGAGCCCGAAUUAAAAAGAAAAUACUCUACCGAUGCCCAAACCUCUGUUGAGAUAACAAAGAAUUCAGAGAGCAAUUCUCAUUCUGCCUUUGUCUCAGAAAAUUCUCAGUUGGCUCCCCAGUUCAACCUACUCAGAAUGGAUCCACAAAACCAUUUAGUGAUGUUCAAAAACAUGGAGAAAGUGGGGGGGCAGAUGGGAUCACCUGCAGACAUACAUUCCCCAUCAAGGAACACUAUGACACAAGAAGCCAUCAGAGAGCACCAGAUGGCAAAAACUGCAGGUACUCAGACAGAUCUACUGCAGUGUGAUAAGUGCAAAAAGAAGAAUUGCACCUACAACCAGGUGCAGACCAGAAGUGCUGAUAAACCCAUGACAACAUUUGUCAUGUGUAAUGAGUGUGGAAAUCUCUGGAAGUUCUGCUGAUCUAUGAAUUUCCAAGUUGAGUACUACAUGCAAUGUGUUGGACUGCCCUUUCAAAGAGCAGUGUUCUUCUGACUCCUAUGUUUCAUAUCCAUGUCUUCAUUUUUUCUGUCUUCGUUUGUCUCUGUCUGUACAUUACAUCUUCUCAAGCUUUCUCUUUUUUCUUCUCCUUCUUUAUCUCUCAUAAAACCAUAAUCAGAGUGGCAAGGGUACCAGCCAUGUCUAAUAUUAAACAUUUUAAAUGGAA